GCUGCGGGUCGGGAGUGAGGGGCACCGACAGGACUGGUGGGGGUGUUAAUAUCCCUCCCCCCCCCCGAAUCAGCAAUCCCGCAGCCCCGUACGAGGCUGGGCUCUGGGAAAUGACUCCGUUCAUCCUCACCCGUUGCUGUUGCCAUGGUUUCCAUUCACAGGUGCCGGGGGGUGCGGGGAGUGAGCUGCACAGAGAACAAGUGGAUCCCUCAGCUGGGUUCCUGCACCGGGACCGACCCCGAAUCCGCCGGAUCCAAGAGGCUGCCCCAGAACUCCGGUAUCACAGAUCCACCGCGGGACCUAGGCCCAGGUCUGCGUGGAACCCCGAGUGGCGGCUAGGCCUCGUCUCCCUCACCACCCAGAUGCCCCGUGUGCCCCGGCUCUAUCCCGGGCUCAGGCCUUUCUCUGCCCAUCCCAGGCUCUGCAGCCCAGCCAGGCAGUGGCUACUGGAGAGGAAGCUGCUCCCGGGAUCGGGGGAGGCCUCCCCGCGAAGCCGCCAGGGGCUGGAGCCGUGACCCCGCGCUGCCCUUGCUCCGGGGGUUGAGAUCUGCCCUGGCCUCACCCCCUUUUGCUGCCGGGCCAUCCCCACGCGCACAGAGGGCAGCGACGGGGGCGUCCGCGGUGCCUCGUGCCCUUCAGGCCCCGGCCCAGGCGGCCACCUCGCCAGCCUGUGUCCACGCAGAGCUGUGGCGCCGCGGGACAGGAUCGGCUUGUGCCACGUUCCCAGCCCCAUGGAAGCCCUGGGGAAAUCCACCCUGUGGCUCUGUGGGGAGCUGGCGUCCCCGGGUUGCCGGCUGCACAUCCUGGAUUGCCGCAGCCGGGAGCGCUACGACGCCUGCCACGUGGCCCGGGCGCUGAGCGUGGCCCUGCCAGGGCUGCUGCUGCGGCGGCUGCGCAAGGGGAAGAUGUCGGUGCGGGCGCUGCUCCCGCCCGCGCCGGGCGCUGUCCUGCUGUACGACGAGGCCACCGCCACGCUGCCGCGCCCCGGCCGGGACGGCGAGGAGUCGGUGCUGGCCACGCUGCCGCGCCCCGGCCGGGACGGCGAGGAGUCGGUGCUGGCCACGCUGCCGCGCCCCGGCCGGGACGGCGAGGAGUCGGUGCUGGCCACGCUGCCGCGCCCCGGCCGGGACGGCGAGGAGUCGGUGCUGGCCACGCUGCCGCGCCCCGGCCGGGACGGCGAGGAGUCGGUGCUGGCCACGCUGCUGCGCAGGCUGCGGGAGGAAGGCUGCACGGCGUAUUACCUGCAAGGCGGCUUCUCCAAGUUCCAGUCCGAGUGGCCAGAUCACUGUGAGAGCAGCCUGGAGGUGCCCAGCGCCAGCAGCUCCCCCGCUCCUGCGGGGACCCCAGUGGUGGGGCUGGGCGGGCUGAGCCUGGGCUCGGACGGGGACUUGGGACCCCUGAGCAGCGGGGGGCUGGACUCGGAGGCAGCCAGCCCCCCGUCCUACCCGGUGCAGAUCCUGCCUCACCUCUACCUGGGCAGCGCCCGCGACUCGGCCAACAUGGAGACGCUGGCCCAGCUGGGCAUCCGCUACGUCCUGAACGUCACCCCCAACCUGCCCAACCUCUUCGAGGAGCAGGGCGGCUUCCGCUACAAGCAGAUCCCCAUCUCGGACCACUGGAGCCAGAACCUGGCCCGCUUCUUCCCGGAGGCCAUCGCCUUCAUCGACGAGGCCGUGUCCCAGAACUGCGGCAUUCUUGUUCACUGCCUGGCGGGUGUGAGCCGCUCGGUGACGGUGACGGUGGCCUACCUCAUGCAGCGCCUCAGCCUGUCGCUCAACGACGCCUACGACCUGGUCAAGCGCAAGAAGGCCGACAUCUCGCCCAACUUCAACUUCAUGGGGCAGCUGCUGGACUUUGAGAGGGAACUGGGGCUGGCCGAGGGAUUGCCAGCGACCCCCGGAGCCCCUGACGGGCACGGCCAGACGCCCACAUCCUCCCCAGGCUGCUUCUUCACGCCACCGCCCUCCGAAUGUGAGGAAGAGGAUGGCAGCUUCCAGCGUUACCCCACAUAGCCCCUGUCAUCCCCCAUGAGCCCCAUGGUUAAUCUAGGCGUCGGUGGGGUUACCAGGGGAUGUGUGGCUAACCUAGGCCUUGGCAGGACGCUAGAACCUGCAGGGAUGAAUCUAGACCUGCCUUUUCUGGGAUCUGUGCUCUGGAGCCAGGUCUGGAACCUGCAGCUCUGGAAUAGGAACCCAGAAGCCGCAAUUAACUUCCUUGUUUGCACUUUUGGUUCUGGAACUACAAGGAAAAUAAAACCCAGUGAGGUCA